ACUGAUUUUAAUGCCACGAAUCAAACGGAUCUCAUUAGAGGCGAAACACCCGUCGAUAUCGUCGACACAUGCCUUGAGUUAUGCAAACAGUAUUUGUCGGGCGUUUGGACGCAACAAACGGUGGACACCAUUGAAGUGAAACGGAUAACCGGAGGACUGACUAAUCAGAUGUAUUGCUGCCGUAUUAAGAGUGACGGCGAAGAGUCACCGCAAACAGCGGUUCCCCGAGAAGUGGCCAUCAGAUUGUAUGGACGCAAAAAUUUAAUUACUGAUGGAUCGGGCGGUGAAAGGCUGGGCGACAUUAUUAUCGGGUUAAUGGUAUCCCAUAAUGGAUUGGGUCCCAGAGUGUACGGUAUGUUCAAUGGGGGGCAGAUUCUCGCCUAUUAUAAGCACCGGCACUUCGGACUCGCGGAUCAAAAUCGGCCACAACUGGUGCGACAAGUGUUUGAAGGGUUGGCCCGAAUUCACGCCAUGGAUGUGCCCGUAAAGCGUAAGCACUGGUUCUUCACCACAGCCUACAACUGGUAUAAUAUCAUUGAAAACGACCCGAAAACCCAAACACUAGUGAAUGAACUCAAUUUGAAUGCAUUGAAAACGCAUUCACUGAAAGCGGAGUUGGAUUUUGUCAAACAAUUGGUCGAUAAGUGCGACAGUCCUCUGGUUUUCUGUCACAACGACUUUCGCAGCGUUAAUAUU